CGCUUUUCAUUUUGUGGAGCGCAUGACAGUCACGUUUUUCUUUCUUCCUAUUCUGUGCUAAGUUAGGUUUUUUGCAGUUUUGAACUAGAAUAGUUGUGUCAAAUGUCCGAGUUGUUACCGUUCAGUGAUGUUCAAACUAAUCAAAUACUGUUGAUUGCUGGAUACUUUAAACGUGAGCCCAAGAAGAAGGCUGGUAACGUAACAGCGGAAUAUUCAAGAAUCUUACAAAGAAAAGCACGAAAGUACAUCGACGAGUGGCUUAUGAAAGGUGUCCCACCAGUUACGUUUGAUAAAUUAGCAAGAUCAGCACCAUGGAUUUUUGAAAAGUUUGAGUUGACGAAGUCUGUAGUUCAAGAAAACAUAUCCACCCAGCCAUGUCAAUCGACAUCAAAGCCAACACCUGUUCCAGGAAACACAACUACACUUAAUGGCUACCAUACAUCGCAGGAUACUUAUGGACAAGAAGGUGGAACGUCACACAUUGCUGAACUGUUGUUUAGUGAAGAUGAUGAUGAUGAUGGAGAUGAUACGUCACAUGAAUUUGAAGGAAUGCCAGCUAAUUUUUUAUGUGGUGGAGAGUAUUUGGAAAAAACACUGACUCUCAAGAAAAUUUUACAGCAUUUUGCAGUGUCAACGAAUCAAAAGAAAAGUCAUAUGACAUACUUGUUGAAACUGUUGAUUGAAUAUCAGCCUCUUCCAGCCUACGACUCAUUGCCAGCUACAGGCCAGCAGUUACUUUAUAUAGAUGGGAGAGAUGUAGUGAAUCAAAGAAGCGCACAAACCUUGACAUCGUCACAAACACCUAGCUCUACUGAACAACCGACGAGAAAAAAAAAGAGAAAACCGAUGCCUUUACCCCCUGUUAUAAAUUUGGACGACGAGGGCAAUUGCCUAUACGUACACUUUGGGCUAGAAAACGCAUUAUGUGGUGAUUCUGUUGGCAUCUAUUUUAAACACGCGGAUAUCCUCCAGUAUGCUUGGCAUCUAUAG